AUGAGUCACAUGGUAAGACAGCGUAGAGUGGGGAUGAGUCACGUGGUUAAACAGCGUAGAGUGGGGAUGAGUCACGUGGAGAAAGAGAAGGAGCCGAAGGACAAGGAGAAAGAGCAAAGUGAGAAGGGCAGUGAGCCUGAAAGGCAUCCACGACCGAUCACUGGCCCUGGCCGCGUACGUUGGAGCAUACGGGAACCGUCGACGGUUUCCUCGACGGGUUCGUCAACCAGCGUGCCGCCAUUACCACCACCACCCUCGGGCCCAGGGCCUACUCCGUUCUACAGGAGGUCCCCGCAGGUCCAUCGGAAAUCCUUCCUCGCAACCACCGCUCCCCCCUAUCGCCCCCUUCAUCACGUGAAACCCUCAACCACCGCCACAACUACCACCACAAUUACCACCACUACCACAACCACCAUUACUACAGCCACCACUACCACUAUAAACACGACAAGUACAAGCGUAAAACCCCCUGUAAAGCAUUCGGUUCAUACGAGUGUCCAUCACCCACCUACGUCGAGCGCUGCUGCUGCGGCCAGGCCGGACCGUGUUAAAGAUAUAAGCCGGUCCCACCAAGGUCCGAACGAGGCUCAGGCAAAAACCGGCCGCGACCAGACAGCUGCGGCUGCGGCCGCAGCCGCCGUCGCCGAUCCAUCCAAAUCAUCCUCCGAUAGUCGAUACGCGUCAAACCAAGCCGCUACUGCCGUCCAACCUAUGACGGCAGAGCCACAGGUAAACGGGGACGUGACCGGAGGAGAGUCGAGCGUCGCGUCGACACCACCAUCGCAGACGCAGUCGCAGCCGCCGGUCUCGGCCACCGCGGCAAGCCCGUGGAUCGACGACGAGCCGGUAGUGAAAAGCCCGCCCGAACCAACCAGGGUAAAAUCGCCGGAGCAGAUGAUCAUGCGCUCCCCGGAACCGGUCAAUUGGACCGUGCCGCUGGACACCGGGAAAACGUUCACUGUCACUCAAAACGUCAGAGAAGAACCCCUGACGCGUCCGCAUAGCGAGGCAAAGAGCUGGGCACCUUCGUCGGUUCCGUCGGCCCCGCAAUCCGCACCACCCGAAUUGGCGGCACAGCACAAGUCGCAACACUCCCAGCAUUCCGGAUACAAGUCCCCAGAAAGCGAGAGCGUUUCUAUCGGUAGUUUUAGCGGCUUGAACGGACACAAGGACAUGGAUUCCGAAAGGGACAGUCCGUUGCCUUCCAACGUUCAGGCUUCCGGUACCACCGCGCAAGGUGAAAAUGAAUCAGGCGGUACCGAGGAGGAGUCGAAAGAGCAACAAAGAUCAGAACCAUCGAUAAAACCAGUGCCAGGGACGAGUUUACGAUGUUUGGAGGACCCGGGCUUCGAGUACGAUAGGAAAAAGGAGGGGAAUGGUCAACCAACAACGACAUCGACCAUAACGACACCGUCAUCGUCGACGGUAUCGACAGGCCCUCAACAAGGUUACCGUAUCCUAGAAGCGGAAUCGCCUCAGGGUGCUACCACCGACAGUGGUGGCGGUGGUGGCGGCGGCGGCGGAAGCAGCGUGGGCGGGACAGGAGGCGGAAGCGGCGGUGGUUAUGGGACACCAGUGUUCGGAAGCACCAACGUGCCAGGCUCCGCACAACGUUCCGCAGCGAGCGAGGUGCUGGAAAAAGCGCGGAACCGCUUCGAUAAAUUCUGGGGAAAGGGCAGCGGCUCGGAGAAUUAAACGGUCUCGAAGGGGAGCGAGUAAUAAAACGUAGUAGCAGAAACGUCCUCGAGAGCGGGGGAGCAAGCAGAAACGAGGGAAAACGAAGGUGGAGGAGGGAAAAGGAGAGAAAGAGAGAGAAAGAGAGUAAUGGAUGAAACGAUUCGACGAGGUUCCUGUGGAAGCUCCUUUCGUGGUUCGUCUGCUCGUUCCUGUUGUUUCUUUUUCUUUUUUUUUUUUUCCUUUUUUUUUUUUCUUCCAGCGGGAACGAGACAUCUCGUAGGUUCCUUUCCGUCUUACUCAUCACGUGUUGGGCAUUCUUCGUUCGUCUGGAAAUGCGUUCGUCGAGAGAUCUAGAUACUUUGAAUAAGAAAGAACAAGUAUCGGGAUAACUCGUGAGAAGAAGAGCCGAGAUGAUUUGAAAGAGGGAUGAUCUUCUCGAGGAGAGAAUGAAGGUUAGAGAGUAUUUGGAUUGAACAGUCGAUGACAAAUGAUCCUCGAAGAAGAAUCGGCAAGCACCUGCUCCGUAAGACGAUCGAGAACGAAGACGGUGCGUGCGGGCAACGCGUCAGUCUCGUUGAAGCUCGAGGAAUAGUUCGGAGACACGCGUCCGGUGAAUACACACGUACACACAUGUACACGGUACACAUACGCGCAUACACACGGGCAAACAAACAAUUCGAGAGACGAGAAAACACGUUCGAUCGAGAAGAAUCGAGAGAUCAUAAAUUUCCAAUUUACACGCAGGUCACGCGGAUAUUCGGUUUACCCACGUAUAUACAAGAGAUGUACCACAGUACGCGAUGCGACACACAUAGAAAGACACGCACUUAGAGACGAACACACGCGAGCCAGCAAGUUUUCUAGGGUAUUUCAAGAGUGAUCUCCGAGGGAUCCGCCGUAGUUAAGCCCGAAUUCUUUUUCCAUUGAUGAUAAGAAACAAGAAAGGAGAAAAUAUGACGACAUGGUGACGAAUCGAAUCGCGAGGAAAUAAAAUACGGCUUGUCGCUAUAAAUAAGAUGGGAAGGAUACAAUAGCCUUCAGCCGCUUUGUGCGUUUUAUAUAAGUAUAUAUAUACACACAUAUAUAUAUAUAUAUAUAUAUAUACAGAAAACAAUUAUGUACGUAUACACGCGAAUAUGAAUGUAUACAAUUAAUGGGUAUCGCACUCGCGGAUCACACGGUCACACGGUACAGACAAAAUUCCUCGGAUCUUUCCAACGUUGAUCCCAACUUUCGUCUCGUCAAUCACCGACUAAUUAUAUUUAGAGAGAAUGAAAGAUUUUUAGACAGAGAAUUAUUAAUCGUCCGAUAGAUCCGUUGAAUUAUCGAUGCCACCGUGGAUUAGUAUUUCUUUUAAAUACAAGAAUAACUCUUUCUCUGAGCGUUUGCCGAAUGGAGAGGAAUUCUCCUAUUCCGCUCCAUUCCCGCGUAUAUAGAAUCCUCGAUCGUUCUGAAAUAAAUUCACAGAGACAACGUUACAUUACUGCACAACAAAACGCUAACAUUCCUCGACCUCGCAAGUUCGUACCCAGUUUUUAAGAAAUUUGUCCAUCAACUAUUGUCCGUUGAGCUUUCUCCGGUUGUACCUCGAAAAUAAUGAAAUUGCCAUUAGACAAUUCCCAUUAGAUAUUGUCUGAAUAAUUUCCCGCGAAUUUUUCCCGAAAGUAAUUUCUUUAAGAACGGUCGAGCAUAUCACAUCCGACGAAGAACUUCCCGAACAUGCCUGGCAAACAGAAACUCAUCACCAAGCAAGCGAAACGAAUUACUGUAGUGAGGCGUAGUGUUUCAUUUUCUUAUUUUUUUUUCUUCCUUCACACGAACGUGACGCGAAUUCUCGAGGUUCACGAUUUAGAUAUCACCGAGGACAACCGAAAGGGAAAAUUCGCGCGCACGUGCGAAUCAAACGUAUCGUCGGGGAACCAACGAGAAUCGAGGUGAAACGAAGGGCAAUUUCUGCGCCAAAUCCUUCGAAUUUUCCGCGCGUUGCUUCGAUUUUAACGAUUUUGAAACCUGGUGCUAGUCGAAACGUGCAUCGAAAUUACGGAGAGCUGCGAGAUCGUUGAACAGAAGGGGGAGUCGAUAAUCCGGGGGGAAAACGAAAACGGGAGGAAGAAAGAGGCGAGGUGAACGCUGUUUCCCCGUUGCAGACUGCAUUCCGUCUGAUUUCUUAUAAUAAAAUUAAAUUCAUUCGUACGUUCCUCUUUCGAGCUAGUCGAAGGCGAAGAAGAAGAAACCGAGAGGAGAAAUUUGACACGCUCGGGGGCUCGACAACGGGGGGUCGUCCUGUCUUGAAAAGCAGAAGAUGAACAGCGAAUGCGAGAGAUGACGAUACGAAUUCGAGAAAGGCGAAACUCGACUGAAUAAGAAACUGGCAGGAUACGUCUCGUGAUUGAUGGGCAGAGAUAGGAGCCCCUUGUUCUCACUUCGAGGACGAUGGAAGGAGAGGAAAGAGAAAUGCGGAAAAGAAAGAAAAGAAAAAAAGAAACAAAUACGAAAGGAAUCAAGCGAUGGAGCUUUUUCUCUCUUUCACGCGCAUUUGGUACACCACACUCCAUCCAGAUCCACGUCCAAGAGUCAACCAACCGUAGUGAAGCAGUAUAAUGAUAAUGAUUAAUAUGAUAAACGAUACUCUAAUAAUAAAGAAAAAAAAUUACUAAGGCAAACCAAAAAAAAAAAAAAAAAAAAAAAAAAAAAAAAAAAAAAAAAAUUAAAAAGGCAAACCAAAAAAAAAAAAAAAAAACUAACAAAAAAAAAAAAGAAAACGUAUGGUAAAAGGAUUACUAAACGAACGACUGACGAGGGACUCGAUAAAAGUGAAAGAUCAGGAUAUCGAUGAAAGAUCGUGGCUAACAUUUUUUUUUUUUUUUUUUUAGAAAUGGUUGACCAAACGAUAGCCAAUCGACGACGAUUAUUUCAGAUUAUUUCUCUUUUUGUUGCUUCAAUGAAGUUAUUUGUAGCUUUCUGCGAAACCAAAAGAAGAAAAUGAUCAAGGUUCCACAAGGAAUCGAAUGUUCUUCGUUCGUACGAAUUUAUUUAGUUUUCUCGAAAUUUCUAACAACAAUAUGGCCUAGACGUUCCUCUUUUCUUUUUUUUUUUUUUUUUUGCAGAAAAUAUAGAGAAUAAUUGUGGUUAUAUAUCUCUAUGACAUAAUUGGUAAAAAUAAUGAAAUUCGUCGUUGAUUAAGCUAUCGUUGCAGACAGUUCGAGGCUAUCGAUACGAUUACAAAGUACUGGCAAUAUCCACAGUUUUCUUCUUUCUUUUCUACGAGAGUUACGAUCCUGUCUACCUUCUUUCCUCGAUUCUCCCUUACCUUUCCCUCGAUUGUGUUGUAAAGGCUAGGAAUCUUUACCUCUGCUUACACCGAUCUGUCUGAUUCGCGAUAGAGACGAACACGGUUGGAUGGAACGCAUGCGAAACGAUACACGGAAAUACGCUUUGAUGGAAUGCAUGUGAAAUGAUACACGGUAAUACGCUUUAAUCGGAGAUCUAUCAUUUAUCUUUCGAAUCUUCGUUACACUGGCGAAUUAUUAAAGCAAAAUUCUGUUUCGUAUAUUCUAGAUGAAAUUUCGUAUCUUUUUCGAAACAUAGGAAAUCUUUUCCCAUUGUUUUCUUCAAACAUGGAUCUUUGAUCACAUGCUCCCGUUCAUAAAUCACCAGAUCGCUUGGUCAUUUUUUUGAACAGGAUCAAUUGCUACCAACAACAUUGAUACGAUCCUCUCGCAUGAAUUUGUUGUUUAAUUUCAUAACGUUUGUACAAUUUAUAGCAAUAUCUUGACGCGAAAUUAUAAUGAUAUGUGUAAUAAUACGUUUGUAGAAAUUUCGAGAAACAGAAUGUCGCGUUAUUGCACAGAUUAAUAGGCAAAAGAUCAAUAAGACAUAACUUUAUACAACAAAUUGUUCAAAGUUCUAAAAAAGAAAAAGAUGGAAUUAUAGAAUGGCCUUUGUAAUAGCGAACAAACAGAUCGUACGAUAUAAAUCGUCUUAAUAAAAUUGAGUAACUGGUGAUUUAUGGACAGAAGUAUAGGUGUAUAUUUUUUGGUAUUACAUUUAAUCCGUCUCAGCUUUGACUUGUGAUCAAGAUUUAGCGAAUCUCGUUUAGUCUCUUAACUUGCGUCAAGUGUCGAAAGCUGUACUCGACGCGCCCGCCAUUUUGGCGAACACGAUCUAUUGUGAUAAGCGCUCGAUCGCUCCAUGUACGCGCGCAAUGGCCCUGCAACUCGAGUUACUAUUUAAUUAGAACGAAUCGAAACAGCCGAAGUAACGCUCGUUGUUACGACGCAACGUUUCUAAAAUGAUAACACUCGAAACAGUGGCGUUCUACGAACUAUUAUUAUUACAUACUGCGCUGUUACUAUUGAUGAUUAAUUCUAAUUGCGUCAUUGCGAUGAUUGUGAUAAUGUGUAUUUACUUAUCGCCAUUGUUAGAAGUACGCUGGGGGAGGGGAAGGUUUUUGAAAGCGCCACUGAUUCGACGAAUUUCACGUUGUUUAAUUUUUGUUUCGUUAAUGAAUGAAAAGGGAAAAGAAGGGAGCGCAACAGGAGGAAAGAUGUUUGAACAGUUUGGUGUAAGCGCAUCGAAACGGAGACGGAAAUGUUGAUCAGCAAGGCUCGCUGCCGCUUUAAAAACAUGUCAGAGAAGCACCUCGCAGAAGCUUACACUGCCCAUCCGAAUUUAGAAGCUGAUUUAUCCUGUGAUUUCCAGAACGUCACACGCCAUCAUCCGUAGAGCUAUUGUAUGUAUAAACUACUAUAUUCGACCUCGACUCUCGAAGCA